AGCAGGAGGAGGUGGAUCGAAAGAGAGAGAAUGAGAGAGAGAGAGACAGAGAGAUAGAAAGUGCCUGCACUGAAUUGUGAGUGGCUUACGACACUCAGUGAACAGAAGGUGCUUCUGCAUGCAUUGCCAGUGCACUAGUCUGCUGCAAGGGAUCGAGCAUCUCUCUCCUCCCUGUACACCGCGCUUGCCUUCAGACUCAGCAUCUACAGCCUCCGCAGCAUACAGGAAAUGAGAUUCACCAAAAGGAGACCCGCUGAAGAUUUGACAAUGUAGAAAAAUUUAAUCUGUGAUAUUUUUUGGGGAUAUUAUUACUUUAAAAGCAAAUUAAAAAGAGAAAAGAGGAAAAAGAGAGCUGUAUGAUGUAGAUCACACAGCUUUUGCAUGUGCAUAAUUGUGAAGAAAUAUCUACUGACAGAAUGCCAACGAGCUUCACUCAAUGUGCAUUGUGCAGAUCAGUGAUCGCAUUGGGUUAUGGAUGGUGAUUUGCGUCGACACACCAGAGGUCUUUGACAAGAAGAAAAGAAAGAGAGGGAGAGUUUGGAGUGGAUUAUUCCCUCCUCCAUGCAUGUUUUUCCCCCGCUUGUCUCUCCCACAGAUCGGUGCAGCAGUCAAUGCAGAUGAACAGAGGAGAGAGGAGGACAGCGCUCAUGCAUGCAGCCCGGGAAACUUGCACUUCCUACCAGCCUGCUGAAUGCCACUUGGAUUCAUUCUCUUUUUGGCUCAUUCACACAAGGAGAACUAAGACAUUGUAAGUCUGCCAGGAUCUGGUGUCCGAUGUAAAGGAGGGGGGCUGAAUUUGUACCACACUGGGGUCUUUUUUUAGUUUUGCACAUAAUUAGUGUCAGCACAAAGGGAUCAACUGAAUUGAGGUUGUCAGCCUCUGGAAAAGGGGUGAGUAGGAAUCCUUUCAUGUGAGAUUGGUUCUGAAGGAGUGAUUUUUUGCUUCACUUUCUCUCUUUUCCUUUCUCCGAUCUAAUAUGAUCAAAGUGACUAGCCGUUUAUUUCCUGACGAUAAUCAAUUUUCAAUGUGGCAGGAUUUCUCAAUUCUUUAAGUAAAAAAUCAAACUCUGUAUUCUAUUUAAAUACAUAUCAAUAGUAAGACAUUGCACUUGUGGAGUUACACAUCCUAAAAUCCAAAAUGACACAAAUCUGAAAGAAUCAAUGGACUUUUUCUCUACGACACUGCAGGAUAUUCAUACUAAUGGAUUUCCUUCUAAUUGGUCUGUACCUAAAGUGGCCACUAAGGAAGCCCCCUGGGCUAAUACUGUGCUCCCUUGGUAUUAUUCUUAAAAUAAUUCCCCUGGUGGAGGCGAGCUGUCCAAGGCCGUGCCGAUGCGACAAUAAGCUGUUGUAUUGUGAGGGGCUCAACCUGACCGACAUCCCCCAAAAUCUAAGCAGUGCCAUUGGUUUGUCCCUACGUGAGAACAUCAUCUCCGAGCUACGGGAGGCAAACUUUGUCGGCCUGUCGCAGCUAACCUGGCUCUAUUUGGAUCAUAACAAUAUUGAGAUUGUGGAGGAGAGCGCCUUUGAGAGGCUGCGAAGGGUUAAAGAGUUGGAUCUGAGCACCAACCACAUAGAGAGCCUGCCCAACGGGACCUUUAGACCCCUGCCCAACCUGCGAAUAUUAAAUUUAUCCUAUAACAAACUUCAAUCCUUGGAGCCAGACCUUUUCCAUGGCCUUAGGAAGCUUACCAAUUUACAUUUGCGCUACAAUGCCCUUAAAUUCAUCCCUGUGCGGAUAUUUCAGGAUUGCAGAAGCAUGCAAUUCCUGGAUCUGGGUUAUAACCAGCUGCAGAGCCUGGCACGCAAUUCAUUUGCUGGGCUCUUCAAGCUCACAGAGCUGCAUCUGGAGCACAACGAGUUGGUGAAAGUCAAUUUAGCCCAUUUUCCCCGCCUCAUAUCCCUGCGGACCCUCUACAUGCGAAACAAUAAGGCCACCAUUGUGGUCAGCACCCUUGACUGGACCUGGGACCACCUGGAGAAGAUUGACUUCUCCAACAAUGAGAUUGAAUACAUUGAACCACAUGUGUUUGAGAGUGUGCCCAACCUUAAGACCCUAACAUUGGAUUCCAAUAAACUGACCUACAUAGAUCAGAGGAUUUUGGACUCGUGGACAUCUCUGAGCAGUAUCACACUGUCAGGUAAUGAAUGGGAGUGCAGAAGGAAUGUCUGUGCCUUGGCAUCCUGGCUUAGCAACUUCCAGGGGCAACGUGACAGCAGCCUGUUGUGUGCGAGCCCAGACAUUGCACAAGGUGAGGACAUUCUGGAUGCUGUCUAUGCUUUCCAAUUAUGCGAGGACAAUGCCGAUGCAACCACGCAGACCUUCACCGCCACCAGAAACCGGGCCAAAGAUUUCAUAUACAAUGACCCAUCAAGAAACCCCUAUGAUCUGCAGGAUAUGGAGGGCGGGGAGGUGGUAACCAAUUCCUUAACAGUGACUGUGUCCACAGAUGACCUGGAGAGCACCAUGCAGAUCCACAAGGUGGUGACAGGCACCAUGGCACUAAUUUUCUCCUUCCUGAUUAUUGUCCUCAUGCUCUACGUAUCCUGGAAAUGUUUCCCAGCAGGAGUAAGGCAGCUGAGGAAGUGCUUCACCAGCCAGCGUCACAAGCAGAAACAAAAGCAGACCAUGCAGCAGAUGGCCACUACGUCUGCAUCUGAGUACUAUGUUGACUACAAACCCAACCAUAUUGAGGGGGCACUUGUCAUCAUCAACGAGUAUGGCUCUUGCACAUGCCAGCAGCAGGCAUCUCGAGAAUGUGAGGUGUGAUUCUCCACCCGUGAUGUUUUCAAUCAAUGUAUUGAUAGAUAUGGAACACACUUUCACUUUGCACCUCAUUUUGCUGCUCUAAGAGGGAAGCUACAUUUAUGGAGUGCAAAUGGACAGAAAACAGGAUUUAGUGCUGAUUUCAACAGCCUCAAAGCCUUGCGGGGAAUCUGACUGUGAGACCCGUGUACUUGAUGCAAAAGAUGUGGAAUAAUUAUGCUGACCUUUCCUGGCUUCUCUCGUGAAGAGUGGAUAUUUGAGCUUUAAUGUGUCUUUCUACUUCAGGAUAUUCUAGAACUCCCUAAAGCUACUGAGGACAUUCAGAGCAACAUUUGUACUGUGGUAACAAACAUACAAUGAAAUUAAAGAGAAAACAACACAACAAACAAGAAACCCUUAAAAAUGUAUGAUUCUAUGUAAAAUAUGUUAAAAGCAGAAACACAAGAGUGGGGAUAAAUGGAAGAUGUUAUUCUAUUUCUUUUGUAAACUAUGAAAAUAAGAGGAAAUACAACUGUUUAAAUAAAUUAAUUGCAAUUCACAGUAUUCAUUUCUGCAGGUGAGUUUGAGGAUUACUUCUUUGUCUGUGGUCAGUGGAUUUAAAAAAAAAAAAAAUUGAGCUCUGCAGCAUUGCAGGAUGUAAAUAAGUAAGGCUUCACUUCAUAUGCAAAGUUAAGCAUCAGUCUAAGCAUCAGAUCUCCUCAUCUCUCCCCGAGAUAUAAUCACUGAGGAAAAGCUUGAUUGCUGUGGCUGUUGCAGUUGUUCACCAUUGUUCCUAUCCCAGAGUGAUUAAGCAAAAAAAAAUAAAAAAAAAAAAAUAAAAAAAAAAAAUUGGCAGAUGCAGUUUGAUCAGAUGGCAUAUCUCACUUGAUAAAUUCAAACAUUUGUGUGCUGUUCAAAUAAACCAAACAAGGAGUGUCUAAUACCUUUAUUCCUUCACUGCUUCCAUAAACUUCACGAGACAUCAAUUUGAAAGCACCUCAACCCAGGGGUAAAAAUCAGAGUGAGAAGAGGCCUUACACAUUUAAAUCAAAAUGUACUUGAGAAGGGUGUGAUGAAUAAUCCAUUAGUGCUUUCAAGGAGAUAAUUUCAAAAUUUCAUUAUGGAUUUCUGUUUCAGUGCAAUGCUGUUUUUUGAAGAUGCCCUGUGGUCCCCCAUUGUUAUUGUUUGAGUGAUCAUACUGACAGAUUGUUAGAUUGAGUGCAUCCUGCAUCAGUGGCUAUAGUACUGAUUAAAGAACAGGGCCUCUGAGAGAAGGUACAGGCUGCUCCCUAGUGUUCACACCAGCAGUAGAGAAUGACAAGAAACUGCAGCAACAAACAUGUGGCUUGAUCUUACCCAGGCUUUGUGUUUGACUGUGUAUAUGCCUGUUGCUUGUCUAUAUGCGGUCUCUAAGCUCAGCUCAAUUUAAGGAUUACUGCCACAGUGUCAAGUAUUUGCUAUUAAGAACAAAAGCAGGAUGGUCAUUGGGCUAAUUAAGCGAGAUCUUGCUUUGCAUUGACUGGGUUCCCGUCUCUCUUUGUUUUAAGAUAACUGGCUGUUUAUAAAGCAUAGGGUACAUGAAACUGUGAAGCUGGUGUGCUUGCACAAUCUAAAGACAGGAUAGGUGUUAAUGAGGUUCUGAGUGUAUGUUUGUGUUAGUUUCUGUUUAUGCAUUUGACUAUUUAAAUGUGUGUGUGUUUGUGUGUGCGUGUGUGUGCUUGUGUGUGUGUGUGUGUGUUGUGUCCUGAAGAAAAAAAAGAGUGAGUUUUGCGCAGUUGCAUGUGUGAAUCUAAGCUACACUCGUAUGUCACAUACCGUAUGACUGAGAUAUGCCUUAAAAGGACAAUAUAAGGCUGAGCAAAUAUUUUUACAAUCAGAUUCACAGUUUUAUUAUGGAUUCUAAUGCCCUGCAACUUUGAAUUCUUUAAUACUUGAUAUGAAACUGUUCUAUUUUCAGCACUGUAUUUGUUGCAUACAUGAAGCUAAGCCAAGUUAACCCAAUAAAAUGUAUUCCUACUGUUGUAAAUGAUAAACAAUGUAAAACUCUUCACUCGUUCCUUUGAAAUAUUUUAUUUAUUUAUGUAUACAGUUUUUUUUUUAUCUUAUCCAUAAUACCUAUCUGGUCUGACACUCCUUGGACUUAAAUCUUUGAUCUACCUUUAUUUUAUUUUAUUUUUUUUUCAUACCCUUUCAUUAAAAGGUAUUGUUAAUACCUUUUGCAUAUUUUUUAAGCAAAUCCCUAAAGUAUGUACAAUUCAACAUGAGGUUGGGUUUUUAAUAAAUCCUCUGGAGAGUAUAAAAAAAUAAAAAACAAAACACUGAGUGACAGAUU